AUGGCGACGUCGAUAGAGGCUCAGCUGCAGGCCAUCAGGGCCAGCCUUAGGGGCCGCGAGGACCUUAGCAGGAGACCCGUCACGCGACCUUCCGUGCUGUUCGACCCCAGGGAGGCGGCGGACAUCGACCUUCGGACUAUUCUCCCCAUUGCCAUCUCCGGUGAGUCUCAACCCGGGUCGCCUAACUUUUUUCGACCGCAGGUGUCCGUUUAUUUUGCAUGUGUUGGGUCGGUUGGGGGGGGGACUCGUGAUUGAUCUUUCCCGUUGAGGAACGUGCAGGUCUGGAUGUUCUGGUCGUUCAGGAUGCCCGGUUCGGGAGCUACAGGAGCACGCUCUUCAGCCACACGAGUCUCGAUUUGGACAGGGAGAAGAUGGAACCCAAGGAUGAGUUGAAGCUCAACAAGUCUGUUUCUUCAUAUCUGAGACUGCUCUCUGGAUACAUGCAGCUGCCAGCUGCUCUCAAGACACUUGAAUAUCUGAUAAGGAGAUUUCGGUACGCUUGCUUUUUAAUCCCAUUCCACCUGGAAUUUAUAUCUUAAUUGCGCCGCCCUGUCAAAUUCAUUGUUUUAGUCGCGUAAUGAUUGUGCUCGAAUUUACAUGGCUCUAUCGUUGUUCAGGGUGCACGUAUUCAAUGCUGAGGACCUGAUUCUGUGCGCAUUGCCUCACCAUGAUACCCACGCUUUUGUGAGGAUCGUUCAGCUAUUGGAGUUCGGGUGAGAUAGAAUGUGGCGUGUUUUCUUCUGUUUUUUCUCCAUCUAGUUCAGUUCUCAUGACCACAUUUGUUGUCGGUGUAGAAAUAACAAAUGGGGAUUUCUGGAGGCUGUUAAGUCAUCCGGAGCGCCACCUCCAAGGAAAGUUAUAGUGCAGCAGUGUAUACGUGAUAAAGGAGUUCUUGAGGCGUUAUGCAACUAUGUGGGUAUCAUGAUUCUAAUUGCCCUUGUCGUAAUCUUUUUCUCAAUCAAUUGUGCUGAAUGUCUGUCUGAUAAGCCUGAGCAUCUUAUUUCAGGCAUUGCCGACAAAAGUGUUCUGUCAUUCAAAGGUGGUCGUCUGCUUCUGUACCGCAGUCAUUGUUGAGGCGUUAGGUGCCACUCAGCAGCUGGACGAUGAUACUGUCAAGAGGGUCAUACCUUUUAUAUUUUCUGGACUUAAUCCAGAGGUGGAUGGAGGUCAAGACAGCAAGGUCCCAAUGUAGUUCAAUUGAAGAAUUAUGUCUGUUUUCUAUCUGUUUAUCUUAUUUUUAAUCAACAUUUCUUUAAGAUGUAUAUUUGAUAAAUAUAUCACAAACUUCAUCUGAAAAAAUUAUUCAGAAAGAAAGCAGUUUCUUUUGUAAAUUUCUGUUAGCAUCUGAUUUUUGCAGCGUUGGCUAUCUUAUUGCAUUGCAUUGUAUUCACUGGAUAUGAUUAAAGGUGUAUGAAGAAUUGACUUGAUGCUGUGGAAUUAUGGGUUAUAAUUUAAAGAUUUAUCUAUAAUUCAGAUAAAGACUGAACAUAUGUAUGAUGUGUACGUUUAUUGGGAACACAUGGAUAAUUGAAUAAUAUAUCGAGUUAGAUCAUCAAGCACUGUUGUCUCAAUGACGUCGUUUUGACAUACCUGAGUUAUGCCAUGGAAACAGUAGUUAAUUUACCAUGCGCCAUGCCCAAAUAACAUAAUACUCUUGCCUCUUGAUAUACUUUCUUUGUUAACUUUUAGCCAUGGAUCGCCAUCCUUGGUUCUCAAUUUUCUUAGCCAUUUAGUGAAAACUCUAUGUUGAAAUUUAAUGCUGAUGAUAUCCAUUAUCCAUUUUCUUUGUCUUCAUAUUAUUUUCUGACUAAUGUCGUGACAAACUAUGCUACAGUAAGUCUCUAUGCUGAAAUGCUAUCUUGCAGAUAUUCUAAUAUUCUAAAAUUUUGCAAGUUAAGUCCCUUCUAUAGGAAAUAAAUUUUCCUUUCUAAAUCGUCCAUUCUACCUUUAAUUUCUCCACAAUUUAUGUCAAGUCUUACUAUCUUCUGCUAACAAAGUUUUGCUGGCAUCCCUCGAAUAGUCUUUCUCUCAUACAUCUCAUUCAUGAACUGCAUCAAACCUUUUUCAAUAUCCCUUUUGCCUGGGAAGAUCAUGAAAAGUGCAGUGAAAGAAACUUGAGCAUGAAUAUAAUGUUUUAUAUGUGAAACAAUUUUAUCAAAUAAAUCCUCUGUUUCAAUAUUAUUAUGACAAGUAUAAGUAGGCCAAAAUAUAGAGUGCAAUUAAUCAGUACCUGAUGGCAUCUAUAAUAGAAUCUAAUUUUGCUUAUCAUUAUCCAUAAGGAAAACAACUAGGUCUAUAAUGGCCAAAGAAGGAACAGUAUAAUUAACCUCUCAAGUAGUGAGUUGACAUGUUGAUGGGGAAAAAGAAAUGUCCCAGAAAUCUUGAAAUCAAAAUGGAAGAUAAGCACAGAGUAAUCAAGCAUCAUCCCUGACUUUUAAAAUGAAAUACGUUAGUCUAACUAUUGCAUAAAUAUGUAGAUCUAAGGUGGCAGGCUAUCAGUGGUGAAGAAUGAAACAUUCUUAUCUGAAUUUGGAAGAAAAGAAAUGUGAUCAAUAUGCCUCCUGAUUAAAUUGAGAUAGAAGCAUCUCAAGACUCUUAAGUUCCUCUUUAUGUCUCAUGUGAUUGCAUAAAAAUGCACAAUUUUAGCAUUAAUAUUUCUUACAAGAAUCUUCUAGGAUGUCCCUUUUACUUAUAAGUUUCUAAUAAUACUCUUUUCAGGAAAUAUUGAUAAACCUAAUUGCUUUAUUGAUUGUAGAUUUGAUAGUUUUUUUUUUUAUCUCUGUGCUUGAUUGGUUAUCUGACGAAAUCGUAGUGCUUUAUUUAUUUCAGGCAGGUGCAUUAAUGGUUGUGGGUUUAGUGGCUAGUAGAGCCACACUUUCUCCAAAGCUUUCAAAUAAUUUGCUUUACGUUAUUGGAAGGAUGGUACAACAAGAUGCAAAAGAGUUGUCUGGUGUGCCAUGGCUUCAUAUGGCUUUGAUGACUAUUGUUAAUAUUGUACAGGUAUGCCUUAUUGUUUUAAUUGAAACAUUUCUUGUGCACUUUCGCAUUUUGAGCUGCUGGUGGGAUGUGAUCUUUGAGUUAUCAGGUUUUAGUCUCUUGCUCAUAAAGUCAUUAUUUCACUUUACAAGUUGCAAUAAUGACUUUUCUUAGAAAUAUACAGACUCUUCCCCUGAUUGUUAUUCAGUGUAUUGAAAUGUCUUUACUGUAAAAGAUUUAGAUCCCAAUGAGUGAUCUUCGUGCCCAUAACUGUAUGAAACAUUUUUUUUAUUCUGUAUUUUAUUGACGUAUCAUGUUAACAACUGUUUAAGGUAAUUUUUUACUGACAUCAUCUAAAUUAAAACAAAAUAGUCUUAUUUUUAGUCACUCUCUGAGCUGAUUUCUGCUUUUUCUGUGUAGACGCAGUCUCUCUCAGUUUUUCCAAAAAAGGCUUUGAAGUGUUUGAUUGAAAUUAGGUAUGUUACAGUGGCGUCUGUUGCUUGUGUUCCAUCCAGUAAAAUUCUAUUUGGCGAUUUUUUUAGUCACUUCUUCUGAGGAACGUUUUUCUCUGUUAUUCUCGAAGGGAUUUUGCUGUGGUGGUUAAAAGUUUAUCACAAGAGUUCAACAUCACGAAGUUCUUGUUAUUCUUUUUAGAAGCAUUGAUUGAUUACAGGUAAAGUGAUUUAUCUCAAUUUUUUUUUUUCUAUAUUGUCUGAAAAUUAGUCUUUUUGUCUGCAGCCCAUCAGAUGUUUCUUGCUGUCGCAUGUUAUCUACCAUCAUAGAAACUGUCCCGAUGGAAGGUUUUAUUGACACUGUGGCAUCUAAGGUGCUCUCUUUUAGUGUGAGAUGGGCACGUAGUGUUAACAUUAAUGACCUACCUGAAGCAGGUACCGGUUCAAAUUAUGCCUUUUCAUCUUUACUUUUCUUAGGUGGAGUUGUCUGUUCUCUGUCCAUUCAGCACCGUACUCAUUUCGGAUAUUUUCGGUUACGGAUCAUUCCAGUCUUUCAGUUUAUAUUAUAUUGUUGUGAUAUCAUACUUUAAUGGCUUGAUUUUGUUCAGUUCUUGGUUCUCUUAGUUUUGGCAUCAAGCAGAUGUCUCAUAGUUUGGUUUUUUUUGUUUUGUUUUCAAGGGAGUUGGGUGAAACAAAUUUUGAUUGCUAUUGAUAGGACAUACCCAUCUGAAUGGCGUGGAACUCUUAGGAAAUUCCUUGAGGUCAUUUUGCUACCUUAUCUAGUCUAGUCAUCUCAUUUUUCUAUUUAUUUACUCCUUUUUUUAAUUUUUUAACAGAACUCAAAAAUAUUCAUCAAGGAAGAGGAUGACGUUACUAAGACUCUAUCCUUGAUCAUUGAUGGAAGUUUAGACAUGCCACUCGAGAUCUCUGAUUCAAAGAUUUGGUUUGCUCUUGAACAUCCGAAGGUAGCGUGCUACUAAAUUUUUAUUUAUUCAUUUGCUUCUCAUUUGUAGAUAUCCCUAUUUGGGAUUGUUUACGACUAGGUUGCUCCUUGGGACUCUAAGUGCUGUAUAUCUAGGUUUCUUUAUUUUUAUUAUAGUUAUGAUCUGUCCUUUGCACUCAUAUCUUUACUCUAGUUACCGACAUUUGACUCAGAUUUCUUUCUUCUCAAUAUUUAUUUUAUUGCAGUCGGUGGUUCGCCGAGCUGCUCUAUCUGGAUUAUCUGCAUCACGCAUACUGGAAAAAAAAGACACUGAUGCACGGGUACCAUCCAGCACUACUAGUUUCACCUGUGUUCCAGAUUAUGAGUUCUCUAUUGUCUACUGUGUUUAAUAAAUAUAUUUUCUUGUUGAUCUUGCGAAAUAUGUACUAUCAUUGUAUAUCCUUUUGAGUUUUAUCUUCUGACCUAACUUUCCUAUUUUGUUGUGAUGUCCCCAGAAACUUAUCAAUGUUCGGGAUGCAAUCCUACGUUGUCUUCAAGAUGACGAUCUCAGUGUUGUGCAAGCUGCUUUGUCAAUAGAUGGUUUGGCUGGAAUAAUCAGCCUUCCUCUGUUGCUGAAGGCCUUUCGGGAUUUACUUAUCAGAUGUUUUGCGUUAUUUAAGACUGGUAUUCUCUGAAGUUUCUUUUACAUUCAUUUCUUUCUUAUUUCUUGUCUCUGCGAUUGCCAUCAUGAUAGUAUAGCAUUUUUCCACUAAUCUGUCACUGAAAGAUUGGGAUAGUUUCUCCAGUCAACUCCUUUCACUAUACCAGCCCUUCAUUUUGGAACAUAUUUUUGCUUGAUGGUCGUUGAUGCCAAAAAUCAGCGGUUUGUGUAAUCAUUUCCAUUUUUUCCAUAUUCGUGUAGCAAUUGACAUUUGAUGAUACAGCAUAAUGCUCAUAAUAUAAAGGUUAUUUUGGUUUGAAACUUGGCAGAUUCAUGGCGUCUGUAUAUUAUAUAGUUUCCUUUAGUUUCUGCCUUGUAAGCAAUGAUAUGGUGGACUGCUGUCGUUCUCUGCCAAUACUUUGGUGAUCCAGUUGGUGCCAGAUUAGGUGCUGUCAUGUUAUCCGUUGACUGGAUAAAUUGAAACAUAAAAUACAUGUGGUUACUAAUUUUUUAUAUAAAUCAAUAAUAAUGUACCUGAGUACGUGAAACUGUGCCCAAAUAAGUAAUUUAUGAUCCCGCAUAUAGAUAAACAGGAGUGGGGGAGUAACUAUCUUCCACACGUAUGUAAUACAAGUUAAAACACGGAAUUUCUGGAGAAACAACACCAAAUAUUCUUCACAAGCGAGGGAAAGAGUUUCUACAUUAUUCACUGAUAAAUUUACAAAAAAUACGGAAAAUCGGGGAAUAUAUAUAUAUAUAUAUAUAUAUAUAUAUAUAUAACUUAGUCAGGAGAUAACGAGGAAAAUCGUUUAAAACAAGGUCAAUGGAAGGAAAAAAUUGUAACAGCCGUAAAGAAGUGUGUAACUGGACCCAGGUAGAAAAAAUUGACUUCUUAGAAGCUAAUUACAAUAACCAUGUGGGAGAUGGGUAGUGGCCUAUGAUGUAUUUUCCUGCAUCUUUUUUGCCUAUGGUGCUAAUUUGCUGUGCAUUUAUCUUUUCUUCAAAAACCACAUUUCACACGUAUCAAUUUUAGAGUGCCAGCUCUAUUAUAGAAGGACGAUAUGUCUAUCUUUCUGCAAUCAUCCUCUUUUGUUUAAAUUUGUGCGAACCUCAUCAAAUUUUCUCCUAUAUGUUUUGUCAACCGUUGCAUAAGACUGAUCUGAAAAAGUGCAGUGACUUUGAUGUUAGCGUUUCUAAAUUCUUUAAGUAUACGAUAUGCCUGGUUGGCUGUAUCUGUACAUGCGUACCUUAUAAUCAGUUGAUUUUUGUCUUAUUCUUGGGGAUUUUGGUCUCAACUCUGUGGAUAAUGCUUUAUGAUGCUUUCAUUUCUUCUUUCUUAUCUAGGUACUUCAGAUAUGAUCUGCAAGGCUUCUGAAGUUACAGUGUCUUGUCUGGAGUUUAUGGUUUCGAACUUUUAUUUGCCCGAGUCUUCCUGUUCCAGGGAAGUCGCCACCAUGAUUUUCCCUUUUCUUCUUGUUCUGCCAAAGGUGCUAUUCUGUCUCUAUAUCUUUAUUUUUAACUAUUAUCUUUCAAAUUCUGGUAUUUACACUUUCUACUGACAGACUUGGAAGAUAAAUUUAAAGGCAUUAGAGUUGGCGAAGGAUCUCAAAUGGCCAUUCUAUUCAGAUAGUUUUGUUUCCUAUAGUCUUCCAUUCCAAGGGGAAAUGCAGGUAUUUUUCUUCUUUAUUGAAAUUCUCAGUUUGUUUGUCAAAAUUUGGGUUAUUCAAGGGAAGAACAUAGUUCAGGCAAUUUUCUGUUUCAUACGCAGGGGUAAUUAGCUACCAUAAUUGCUGUAUAGCUGGGUUCAGAAUGGGAAAUUGUUGUCUGACUUCUUCUAUGUCCUGUGGUGGUACAUUUUUAUUGCCAAUAUCAGAAAAAAAAGAGUUGAGCUAGACCAGCUUCACCAAGGAUUGGGGUUGUCCACGAAUCCUGUCAACAAUUAUGUUUAUAUUAGGAUAAACUUAUUUGGAAUGUCGGACAUAUCCAGUUAAUAACGAAGUAUUGAUACAAAUAUCAGUGACAUUUUAAUAAGAAGCAGAAAUUCUAACCGCAUCAUUUGUGUUUUAAAGAUGUUCCCUAGGGGAUGUCAUAACAGUAUAGCAGGCUAGAACUAUCUUGGUUGUCUAGGUGACUGCGAAUGAAUAAAUGUAGGAAAAUUCGCAUGUUAAAAAUAUUAUAUAUUGCAUGUUUAAUUCAUAUCAAUUGUUUUCCUUAUAAUACAAUAGCUAUCAACUCAUUUUUAUUUUUUGAUUAUUUUAAAUUAUUAAUCUUAUUUUUAUUGAAAAUUAGCUCAUAUUAUAUUUUUUCAGAUCGGUCAUUUGUAUAUUUUGGUAGUCCGUGUUUUUACAGAAAAUCGGAUUUUUUUAUAAGGUAGUUGCUUGGCAAAGAGGGUAGUUACUAAAAUAUGUAGACUAGGAGCACACACUAAUUGUUUCUAUUGAGGGACUGGACCAUCUUUUUGGGAGUUAGUAUCAUAGUAUGGUUUUUACUAUACUGGUAUCAAGCAUGGAGAUGUUUUCAGCAUGAGUUUUCCUGAGAGCAUACCGGAAUGUAUUUAUACGUCCCAUUUUUUUGAAUAUUUAUUACGUCUGGGGGCACCGUCUAAUGAUACUUUUGGUUCAUUGCAUACACAUCUUUAGUAUACUUGAUGGACAAAUUUAUGAUGCCAGAUAUUUUAUUUCUCUGUGAAACACUAAACGACGCACAGUGAGAGGAUCAGUAUAAUCAGACCUGGACAUGCAUAUCUGUUUAACCAUCUCUCAGACUAAUUUCAAUCUCUCUUCCUAUGCAUCUCUUAUUUUACAAGGCCAAAAAUGCAUCUUUGAACACACCCCAUCACACUAGCUGUUGCUUUUCCUUAUCCUUGGUCUUGAAAGUGCUUAACAAUGCAGGAAUUAGAGCCUUCUGACAUUAUUUCAAUCAACCGAAAGACUGUUGGGGUCAUGGCUACGACAUUUCUGAAAAAUCCUGAACUGCACAUCAAAUGGCUGACUGAAUGCUGCAGCAACUUUCAGGAAUCAUCAAAUUUGUUCAUGUCUCUUUUGUUGCAGGCGAUAUUGAUCCACAAAGGUAUAUACAUUUUUUGCAUCAUUUCCCAUUUGUAUAUGUUUAACAUAUUUCUCUACUUUUCAAGAUGUAGCUGUAUGUAUCACUUGCAAUGUUUUCGAAAGCAGACUGAAAGUUGACCAAUGGAAGCUCCUUCUGGUUUCUGUAGAUCCAUGUUUGAAAAUGAACCUAGAAAAACUGAACAAGAAAAGUGACUGGGUUUGAAAUCCUCGAUUUUAAAACACUUAUUGCAUGAUUUUUAUCUCAAAAAGUUGACCUUAAUGGUCGAAUGAUUGCCGAUGAUGAUUUCUCUUAUACUAUUUUUACUUCAUUACGUAUAAUUGCUAUAUCAUUAUUUCAUGAUGCUCAUUACAUCUAUAUGGUCGUAAAAAGUGACCUUGGUGAUGUGAUUGACAUUGAUAGUUCCUCCUGUAAUUUGUUUCUUCACUUUGUGCAGUUGAUCAAUCUAGAAAGAAUAUACAUCUUUCUGCAUGUCGUAAAUAAAGAUUUUUCUGGAGUCUAAUCUUUUGUUGAUGUUUUUGCUUUUUUGGAUUAAUUUACUUGUGUAUUGAGACGCUAUGAAAUCGCCUUAUUUCAAUUCAAGUGUUAGUGAAAUGGAGAUUUAAUUUAUUUCAAUCUGAUGACUAGUACUUUGGAUAAUGCUUCUUCAUACUAUUGAGGGUGAAGUUUGAGACUCUAGCGGGUCAAUUUAGAAGAGGGAAGAUUAAAGGCAAAAUGUUUCUUUUCCAAAUGUGUUCAUGAUAAAUAUUUUACCAUUAUUAAUGAUUUAUUUACCAUUGCGAUCUUCUGAUGAAAAUCAUGAGCUUGUGUGCUCAUCUAUCUUCAUGUUAUGCUUGCCUAGUUGCUUACGGCUUUUGGUGGAUCUUGAUACUCUACCCAUUUUUGCAUUAUUACAUAUCGUGUGAGUCUUCGUUUCUGGAGUGUAAUGAUUCUCUACUUAAGAUUAUUGAAAACUUGGGCGGUUUGAUCUGUGCCACAUGGUAAUGUUCGACUCAUUAUCAACAUACAGAAGAAAAGGCUCAAUAUCCUAAGGCUGUCAUAGGAACAAUUUUCAACGGAUGCCAUUGGGGGGAAACUAAAUGGUAGAUAAGCUUUGAUCUCUUUUUCUUUCCUAAUUAUGGCAUUCAUUUAUUCUCGUUGUUUCUCUCUAUUGGAGAAGGUUGGGAGUUUCCACGAAAAAUGCUUUUAUUCAUUGAAGCAAAAGAACAAGAGCCUAGUUUCUUCAAAUCAACGUGCCAAAGGUUCAGUUGUUUCUUUACAUGCAAUUAGUUGUGGUAAGAUUUUUCCUGGUAAAAUUCCUAAGAAGACUGAAAAGUUGGCUGACACGUUCGUACUGUGUUUUUGGGUCUAUUGCUCAGGAAUGACCGUGAUUUCAGAGAAACAAAACAUUAUGAGAAUAUGUUACAGGGUUCUGUUAUCUCGUCUAAAACAGAAGACUAAGUGAAGAACAAUAUCCUUUUUAAUAAAACAUGUAAUUUAGUGUAUACAUGAACUGGCAGCUGUAUGGUCUUUUUAAAUCCUCCUCCCUUUAGCAGACUCCUACUGAUUUAGUGGGUACUACAUCAGUACCGGCUACAUCCUUCGGUAGUUUGAUGUAUCACAGAUAAAGAGGGACAAGGAUGCUAGUCGUCUGUAAUUAGGCAAUACCCCGUCCUGUCUUCUCAUUUCUUCUUUGCAUGCAAUAUUUUGUUCACUAUUUGUCACACUUAGGAAGUACAGAUUUUACGCAUGGAAACAGAAGGAGGCUUAGUUGGUUUACAAGAUGCAGUGCUCUUCAUGGCUUUGUUCAUUACUAAUGAGGAGUUUUAGCGGCCAGUGGAGAGAGAUAGCUCACUUAGUUGGGGUUCUAGAUUUGCCAGCACUCCCAACUGCUUCAAACAAACAUUCAAUUGGAAGACUUCCAGAUUUUAUGCAUGGGAUCAGUAGGACGAUAUAUCACUAGCCAGAGCUGAUGAUUUUGUUUGGUGAUGAGAUGCAACCGAUGAUUGUGAACCAGCAUAACGGGACCCAUAAUUCUACCGUGAGAUGCAGAUUUUUCUGCAAUUGACAACCGGAGUUUGCAUGCAACUCGUUGUUUGUUUGGUUACCCCUGGAGCUUGAUUAUUACCAAAUAUGCUUAACCUGUUUUGUGGAUCGACCUCACCUACAAGAUAAGGGGUCAGGAUCAUUUUUCUUGUUCCACUGAAAGUAGUUUCUUUUGGAGUAUCAGUGUGACUUUUAGACUAGGACGGAUUGCCUUUGUAUCUUGACAUUUAUAGUUGGACGGACUGUCCUGUAAUUGUAACUACAUCUUCCAGCGGUGUCAUCAGCGAGGACAUCAAUGUGUGGCAGUAGAAAGGCAGGCCUCAAGGUCUCAGGAAUCAAUGAAAACAGAAACUUGUCUUCUUAUUUGCCGACCUGCAAUUCAAACUGCGGAGUGUUUUUGGGGUUUUUUUCAGAUGCAUCUAGUGACCAAAUGAUAGCUGCUAACGAUUAGGUUAAAAUUUUUGAGGACUUUUGUGUAAUUGAAUAUUUUGAAAGCCUUAGCUGCAUGGAAGACAAACUUCUGAGCUGUUAUCUACAAGCUCGGAACUCCUUCAGCUUGUGUUUGGAUAUUUCCAAGAUUACAACCCCAUAUAUUAUUUUUAAAUAUAUUUAUAAGCAAUAUUCUACUGAGAAUUUUCAGAAUUCAGUCUUUAGAAUUCAGGGUUAUCCAUACAAUGAUUACUUUAAAAUGAACUCUGGCAUUUAUGGAGUUAAUCUUCAGUCAUUCUUUGUAUGACAGUAUGCAUAAUGAUAGUGUAAAGAUUUUUUUUGUACUGGUCUUAUAUUCACUUCGUAUGAUAGUAUGCAUAAUUAUAUGGCAAGAAAACUGGACAUUUUCCUUCAUCAAUGAUAUACUUUGUAAUGUGGUUUCCGUCAGAUACUAGUUGGUUUGAGUGUUUGUCUGUUAGAAAUCCACUUGUUCCAUGCCUCAUGUGACUUGAAGAUUUGUCAUUUAUAGUUGGCAUUCUUAUGGACUUUAUGGAUGAUAGCACCGGAUUACAAGUCAUCCAAGAUUCACUUAAAAGUGAUCCAUUCACUAAUGUGAAUGCAUUAUUGAAUUCGUAAAGGGGCUCACAUUCAGAUGCCUUCCUGAACGCAAACAGAUGUGUGGCAAAUGAAUGCUAUCUGUGUUCAGCCAAACACAGUGAAGUAUAGUUUAAUACUUAUGCUAAUAAGGGGUAGUAUUUUUCAUUAUAGUUUAUAGAUAUUUAGGAUGCUUACUUCGCCUUAUUUUUUACUUGUUCUGUAUUCCUAUGUUAUACUAUUAUGAAUACAGCUUCUUGUAGUUUUGUACGUUUAUAUAUUUAUUUUAUGCUCAAAUAUAAUUAAAAACUAGUUGGUGUCUAGUUUCCUUGCGUAAGGUGGUAGACCAUUGCUGAAUUGUUUUAGACUUUGUACGACAAGAAUUGUUAUAAACUGUGCAUGAAAUAUGAAAUCGUUACGAGUUUUUUAGUUAAAUGUUUCUCAUCCGUAUAUGGACUACUUAUUUUUCUUUGUAAUUCUCUUGCAAUUAUCUUUUGUUUCUUUUGUAUUAGAUUCUCAGAGCCUCUUGAAGUUAUUUCGAGUCUGUCAUCUGGCACUGAAGCAGGAGUGGCAGAAUUUGAUUGCACAAGACUGUAAUCUCCCCUUGAAGGAGGUUAGUUGGUCAAAGCCGAUAAACAUCUUUCCAUUCGCUUAUUGGUGUAUUCCUUUUUAUUUUAUGUCGUAAAAUAUCAUUGUCUUCAAUUGCAGUUCUCUAUUGAGAAACUCAACAGAAUUAGCAAUGAGUUCACUAAGGGAAGAGUUGUCUCGAUUUCUGAAGUGCCAAAUGGAGAUAUUUUCAUAUGUAUAUACUGGAGUUUGCUAAAAGCAUUUUCUGGAUCACCUCAAAGGGUUCUUGCGGUUUGUCAUUUUUAUCUCCUGCUGUACUUCUCUCCUGGUAACAGUGAUAAUUCAACAUUCUAUUUACUUAUGUUAUGUCCUGCCUCUCAUCCUAGGCUGGUUCUGGCGAGUGGCUCUCCAUACUUGAAGAUCUCUUUGUCUUCUUUGUGACAUCAUCGGCUAAGCAUGCUUUCAAGGAACAUAUUCUGUUUCUUGUCAAGAAGUGCUGCCCUUCACCUCCUCAAUUCCUUUCUGGACUCUUUACCACAGAAGGUCUGCAUUCAUCACGAUUCUUCAUCAUACAUGAGUGUAUUCUCUAUGUGAAAGUAUAAUUAGUUGAUUUUUUUAUUUUCUUUUAAUGACUUGUCUUUCUAUGGAUUAUAUUUAUGCUGAUGCUCAAGUAUCUUUUUAAAAAUAGCAGCGUCUGCAUCUGACUAGUUUUUUUUUUUUUUUUUUUUCUAUCUAGGCUUUCCUACUAUUGUCCAAGUCCAAAGUCUACAAUCUCUUUCAACAAUUUGUUCCAUAUCUUCAACACAGAGCAACGUGGACGCCAAUGAUAAAUUGCAGUUCUUAAUUUGUUUUCCUUCUCUUCUCAUACGACUUUCAGAUGAAAACAAGGUUUUCUUUAAUCUUUUGCCAUUACUUGUGAACUAUACUGUAGACGUAUUAUUGGUUUCUAGUUGAAUGGGCAAUAUUUUUUUUCUCUGUUAACGUCUUCGAAACUGAUAGUCGUGCUCCAAUUUUCGGUGUGUUUGGCUGAUAUAUAUUGCCCUUUCCUCUAGGAUAUGAGGAUUGCUGCAAUGGAGUGCAUGGAAGAGCUUUAUAAACUUCUGCAGCAUUUUGAUGCUUCCAUCGUGAAAAAUGGUCUAUCACUUUCCCAAGAUCAUCGUUCAGAACCUUCAUUUACUUUAGUUAAUUGUCAUUGACUGUGUUGAAUUUGCAGGAAAUGACUACAUAUCAACAUCUUGUUUUGACGAGUUUUUGGGAUUGAUCAUCAGUCAAAAGAUACUCAUUUUAUCAGAUGCGAAUUUUCUUUCGUCAUUUUUGGCAUCUGUUUUUGUACAAUCUCAAAGACUCAUGAUCUCACAAGAUAUUGACAAGAGGUGUUGUCAUUUGCACACUUGCUGUUGUUUCCGAUUAUCAUUUCCUUUUAUUUUCCAAAAGUAUUACUCUGUCAAUGUGUAGUUCAUUAGCUCAGAACGGUUCGGUGCAAGUGCUUUUAUUAUCUUUACAUUAUUGAACUACAUCAAGACAGUUUGCAACUCCUGGUCUUAGAUUUAAGAGUUAGGAAAUCUUUUUUAUGUUGAGACCAGUUGAGGAACCGUUUACAAUCGUAGAAGGUUUUCUAGGGAAUGGAAAAUAUGUUCUAUCAUUACUGUAGAUCGUGGCCUGUUAGAUAAUGAUCCUUUGAACUGUUGAUAUGCAUGUUCAUCUCUAUUUAAAUGCACUUUCAUUGGACUCUGAAUUGUGAAUUAGUAGUUUCUCAGAGUUUUUCUUUAAAGACAAUUUCGUAAUUGUCCUCCAUUAAAAGCGAGUUGUUGUCACUAAUGGACUUUAUUUCUUUCCUACUGCUACAUUAUUUCACCAGUGAUUUCACUGGUGAGUCUUACUUCGCUUUAGUGUUGAAUAACCUCUAUGCGGAAUACUGUCUUUGAUGGCUAUAUCCUUCACCUACUAUAACCUGUUUCAUGAAUAAGGCUGAAAAUGCUAAGAUCUCUUUCAUCUGGUUAUGGCGUUAUCGUGCUUUGAAAAUUUGUGUCAGCCUGAGUUCACGAGUGAUCCCCAUAUUAUUGCCUCCAAAGAGCAGUCUAAGUGUACGAGCUAAUUUUAGUUCUUUUAUUUAUUUAUUUCUGCUUUUUGAGAAAGCUUUUGAAAAAAAUUCCUUUUCCUACUUUAUUUUGUCCACUCCUGUAUGGUUCACCAUAUAAUAUGUGUAUUAAUGGAACUUUCAGUAGCUCUACUUUUGAUGCCAGCCAUGUCGUAUUUGACAAAUUGAAAAUCAUAUAAUAUUGGUCUUGAUAUGUGGAUCUUGUCUAAUGUCGACAGGCAUCUCCUUCAUAUUAGAAACAUCUACUAUCUUUCCAUACUUUCUUGUUUAUCUAAUAAGCUUUUUUCAUGUUUGGCUAUUGUAUAUUUGGGAAUAAGUUAUGAGGCCUCAUCUCACCGCCCAUCUUUAAGAUAGCGUUGCUGUAGAUAAUAAACUCUUCCAAGGAUAUGCUUUAGUCUCUAAUUUCAUAUGACGGUCUAACUAGGUUGUGAUCAAUCAACUAGCUUUCACCCUAUUUUUCUCUUGUAUACUGGACGUGAUUGUGAGGCUUACUGUUGCUUCUCAUCCUUAAAAAUGAUGUUACUCUGGAUAAUAAGCUAGUCCUACUGUAUACUCUAGUCUCCAAUUGCAUUUGAUCAGUUUGACCUGCUUACGAGCCAUUAACUGCUUCUAUGUGUUCAAUUCAUCCCAUUUUAGUCUUUAUGGUGAGCGGGGGGAAAAUUUAUGGAGUCCUUGCUGCUUGAUCUGUUUUUUUGGAUACCUGGCAACUACUAUAUGAACCAUGCUUGCAGUGGUAUACCCAUAUUAUGCUGAUAAGCUUUGGUUUCAAAUUCGAAUUGGUAGUGUACCAGGAAGCUGGAUCACAUGAUUUGGCUGGUUAUUCUGUAUACAGCCUUUUGGGAUAUUUGGUUAAAGAGAAAUAGACCCAUUAAAAGGGAAUAUGCCUAGUGUUUGAUGUUUUAAAAUGGAGAAAUUCAAGCUGUACAUGUCUCUAGUAUUCAUCGAUUAUGGCAAUUGCUAUUAUUUUACAUCUCAUUAAAUUUUAACCAGUUCAGCUGUACUUUUUAACUUAAUUUUUAAUUCGCUUUUUUUCUUCUGAGUCAGUUUUAGUUCUUUCAUUUCUGUGGCUACUAUCAUGUACUUCAAGAACCUUUCCCGAUUUUUAGUUUGACCAUGGUCUCUUUGCGUUGUUUUUUUCAUAGUUUCCCCAUAUUUCGUUGAAGAAUUCACACUUUAAGUACAGUUUGUUCGUCUUUUUUUUUUUGUAGAUCAGCUUUGAUGUUCAAAUGUGUUGCAGUUGUAUAUGCUAGAAUUAUGUCCUCAAUGCCUAACUUGACUGUAUGAGCAGCUCUGGUCAAAAUAUGAGCAAAGUAUUUCUUGUAAUUUAUGAUUCAGUGCAUUUACCUUUCAUAUUUUACUUUUUCUUGUCAUGCUUUGAUAAAGCUUUCAUUGUGAUGUUCUAUUGUGUUGUAUUUUUUGGUUUCCCUGAUUUAUUUAAUUAGAGUAGUGCGUUGUGUUUGAAAUGAUCAAUCUAAAGAAUCAGGAUGUCAUGUGUUAUCUCACGUCAGGUGGCAACUUUAUAAUUCAGUCCAUGAUGCGUCUUUGACUGUGACCAUUCCAUCUAGCCAUGUCCACCGUCAUUGUACCUUACAUCCAACAUAUUUCAUCGUUAUUUUCUUUUUGCAUUUAUAAGCAUCCAUCCAUUGGGACAUUUUAAUCAACCUUUGCGGUGAUGCUUAUCUUUUUAUUUGCUCUCUAAAUUAGCUUCAUUUUUCAUAGAAAUAAUUCCUGCUCUAUUAAAGGAAAAUUGAUACUAUUAAGUUUUGUAUACUUCUCAGGUUUGAUCAACAGGUGAAAGAGACAUUUUUGACCUUUGUUUUGGCGUCAGGACUCAAACUAUCUUCAUAUGGCAAGGUGGGCAUAUUACUUCAUGUUGGAUGAUAACCAUUGUGCAUUAUGCUCGAGAGCUUCAUUAUGUUAUUGCACGUAUGCAUGUUCCUUUUUCUGCUUAUCUCGGUAUUAAUGAAGCCAUAUUCAUUUUUUCUUCUUUCACAGAUUAGGGUUUUAGCAUUGUUCAAGCGUUUGGGAAAUUCUAUGCUAAAAGUGAAAGAGGUCAAAGUGUUACUUGAUGAACUUCUUAAUAAGCGGAAACAGUAUUACUUCGGCAGAGAUCCAAGAUCUUGUGAUAAAUUGUCGGAGACUGAGAUUCAAAUUUUGUGCCUACUGUUGGAGGUAAAUAAUCAAUAAUUCCUAUUUUGUGGUGGAGUUUGUAUUUUCAUCUUGUUUCCUUUUGUUUCGUUUUUCAACUUCUUGCUGAAGUAAAUCUUAAGUGUGUACCGGUGUUUUUUUGUCUAGAUUUCUCUUAUGGUACCAAGAUCUGGAGGUCCCAGUUUUGACUCAAUAGAUUGUUUGAUUGAAGCUCUAAAGGUGUGCUGCAGAUUAUUUCCGCUUUGUAUAAGUACAAGUGAUCUGUUUCUAUCGAUAUUUAUGUAUGCAUUUCCCUUUAAAACAAUUUUUUCAAAUUCUGCCUAGGUUGAUGGAAAAUCCCUUGAAGAACCAGGUAUUAAACAACCAUGCAUUGCAAUCUUGCGGAGUUUGACCUCUUCCUUCUAUGGCAGUUUGAGUACUGAGAUGCAGGUCAUAUUUCUACAAAUGAUUUAGUGAAAUGUCUUUUGUGUUUUACUGAGCUCUUCUCUAUGGUUGUUUAGAUUGAACAUAAUAAUUUCCUCUGUCUGGAUAGUCUGAUAUUCUUUAUAAUGUACAUCUGUUUUUCUCAGUACGUGCGCAUUUAAUUGUGUGAUUUUCUUUCAACCUGGUAAUAGUGUUACUGUAUAUCUUUACCAUGGAUAUUUUACUAAGCUUAUUCAUUUAUCUUAUACUGCAGAAUUCAACUGUCCUUUUUAUAAUAGAUUUAGUUCACACAAUUAUAUUAUGUAUAAUAUAUCUAGCACAUGCUACAAUAUUCUGUGUUUUUACUUCUAGGGCCUUGGCCUUUAACUUCGGGUACUAUGGAGAGUUUUUGUGAGUAUCAGCAAUUAUUAUAUUUCUUUCUUUCUCCUUGAUCCUUGUGUGGCAUUUUUCGCACUGAUUUCUCAGUUCGCGAUUUGUAGAGCUAGAGAUAACCCUUCUUAUCUUAUCUUCUGUUCGUCUCCCCAAUUUUUCGGAUCAUUCCCCACUAUGAUCAGACAAGUUAGUGUUACUCUAAGAUUGUACAAAAAAUCCUUCAAGGAAGUGUCUGUUUAUUGUUUUGCUAUCAUCCUUCAGAUCUGCUUUCUCUAACAUGUGUAUUGGAUUCACUUACCAUUUGUCCCACGCCUUGUAUAUUGAUUCAUGCCCUAUGGUCCCACUGGUUUAACAUUAUUCGUGAUAUUUGUAUUUUUCUGUUACAACUGUGCAUGGUCAUUUUCUGUGGCUAGGCUACUUGAUAAACUUAUCAUAUUGUGAUUGUCAGGUGGUUUUUGGAAGGAACAUAUUACAGAAUAUUUUCUGUAAAUUCUUUAUGAUUUGAUGGAUCAAGUUUUUAUCCAUGGACGAAGACUAUUUCUAGGAUCUAUUUGGAUGUCUCUCCCUUCCUACGUUAUUCUGUUUUGUAUGUAAUGUUUGAUCUGGAUUAAAUUGGCAUAGCGUUUUUCUGAGUCUCGAGAAGUUGAAGGCUAAAAGUUAGAUUUUUCUGAUGUCAGUAGCGAAUAAAAGGCUUUCCACCCUUGAAAAUUGAUACACUAUGCUGAAGAAUAGAUAUGACAGUCUUGUUUAUCAUUUGGCCUACUAUCAGAUCGAAUUUUCUCCCCUAUGAGCGUAUUAUCGUAGAUUUUUCACUGUAGCACGUUGCAUGAUAGUUUGCAGUGGGUUUUCUCGCCCUUUCAUCUCUUUACUAUGUCCAUCUUUGUUCUGUAAGGGCAUCUAAGAUGCAAGACUUGUAUACAGGCAUACCACAGUUCUGAUUUUUUUGGUUAAAACCUUCCGUUUGACAUCUUCGUUGAUUUCAUAGUUUUGUUUUGUUCUAUCCAUUUACUGAUACUAUUUCCUUUCUUUAUCAGGAAGAGCUCUUUGGAAACCUCGUCUUUCUAUACCGAAGUGAUGAUGAUGAUAUAAGAAAUGCGACUAAAGAAGCACUCACUGAAAUAAAUGUUCGUUUCUCUUAUUCUUUUACUCAAAUACAUUACAUUAGGUUUUGGUAUUUCGAAACAUUUUCCUUUUUGGCGAAAAGACCUCAUUAACAAUAUUUUUCCUUGCAUCUUGAUUAAACUUGGGCUGUAAAUGUUUCAUAUCAAGCUUUCAACUUGAUAAUAUCUUGCUAUUGUCUAGGAUUCUCGUUAACUGUAAAUUUAAACUAGAAUUACUGUCGUUCAGUGUUCUUUAAUUUGAUUUGGUCGACACUCUUUCCGUAAGAGUUGAAUCAUCUUCCCUAAAGUAGUUCCACUUCUAUGAGAUAAACUUAUCAAAGAGCUUUGAAAAGCAUUCCAGAAGUAAUCUUCUUCUCUCCGCAGAUGAUCCAAAAUCAUGCGAACAUCUGAGAAUAAGUUUCUAUCUCUCCUUGAUUGGCGCUUACCAUCCAUCUGACCCUCAAUUUCACAUUUGGAUUCCUUUUUGAAUAUUUGUGGAUAUCUCAGUAGCAGCACCCAGGAUGGGGUCCGGUUCACAAAAAUCUGGUUUAUUAAUUCCCUUUACUUCACAGAAGAGAUAUCUAUCCCGUUUAUGAUGCUUAGCAUUUCUGACCAUGCCAGAGGUCGGGAACAUCUUCAGUGUUCCUUCCCAAUGAGAUAUCAGCACCCUGGUUGGAAGUAUCAUCUACUAUAUUAAAUCUCUCUAAACUUGUCAGCGUUCAUCAUCAAAAGAUUUUACCAGUGGCCUUACUGGAAACCUCCUUUUCUCUUCUUCCUCCACGUAUUUGUAUCUCAAAAAUUUCAUAGAAAUCUUCAUUUAGCUCAGUUGCGCAUUGAUCCCAAUUUUGGAUGAAGUAGACUUGGCUUAUGUGAUUUUCUCCACAAAAAAAUUAUGAACCUCAUCUUGCUUUAUUUUUAUUUUUCGCAUCUGAAAGAAUGAAAUGCAAAUAAGGAAAAAUCAGGUCCCUGAAAGGAUUACUGGCGAAAUACCUCAUCUACUGCCGUGUUUACUCUGCAAUUUAGACAGAUGGAAUGGUAAUACUAAGAUUUUUGGUGGAAAAAUGGAAUAUUUUGAUAGAUAAAAAAUUGGCGAAGAUAAUCAACAAGCCGUCAUGCAUCCCAGAGGUCAGAUUAUACAAGACAAUGCUAAAGCCUAUCUGUGUAAAUACAGAAGAACAGAAAUAGUUAUAUAAUUUGACAUGAAAAGCUUUUGUUAUCCUGCUUUAGUCCACUUUAUUAGAAAUAUUUUGUUCAUUGUUUGUUUAAGAAAGCGACCUAAGUAUCUCUGUUGCUUAUAACUAUGGUGGGUGGCAAACUGAAUGUUAAAUUGCCAAAGAUAUUUUGUUGACAAUCUCCUUGCUUGGGUUUUAAUGUAAGGUCAACAUCAGGUUCAUUUCCCAUCAUAUGAAGUUUACCUUAUUUAUGUGAUGAGUUAAUGGGCAUUCAUGCAUACAGUGAAAUGAAAUGCUCUACUGCUACCAUAGCAGUCUUGUUCUUAUCAUUUCUCUGUCCUGUCAUACAAUUGAUACUGUUGUGUUUUCUCUUGAAUUUGACAGGUUAGCUGCUCUACUAUAGCCAAGUUUCUCCAAGUUGUUCAAUCACAAGGUCAUCAGACUGCCUCAAGUAAAAUAAAGCGAAAGAAACAGAGUGUGUUACAAACAUUCUUAGGUGGCAGGGAUAGCACAAGUAGAGGAAAAAUACUACUUCUCAGUUCUAUCCUGGAUAUAUUGUUACUGAAGAAAGACAUGAAAAAAAGGUUUGGUUCAUCACAUCAAGUUUAUUUGCUUGUUUCCUUAUUAAAUUUAUAUAUAAUAAUUAAAUGACUUUUCAAUAUAUAUAGAGAAACACUUGUAGAUCCGUUGUUCAAGCUUCUAAGGCAGCUCAUGCAUAAUGACUGGGACCAGGGGCUUCUAAAUAAUGAGGAAAAACUUAGUGACGUAUUGUCUGAUGUUCCCGAAACUGUAUCUGAAGCAGUAUCAUAUAUUCAGCAAGCUAUACUUGUUAUUCUUCAGGAUAUUACGGAUUCAGUAUUGUCCGGUCAUCAUCUAAGGGUACAUCAUUACCAUUUUUCACGAAUGCCAACUAUUUUUUUCUGAAUUGUUUUUUAAUACUAUAUAAUUCUUUUGCAGGAUGAAUUUGUUUGUAAGUUUAACAUAAGGUUGCUGGUUGCAUAUGCCCAGAGUACGAAAGAUACGGUCACUCUUAAUCUUAUUUUUUCAUUACUUUCUUCUGCUGCAAAAAUUUCCUCCCAAUGGGUUUCAGAGCAUAUCUUUGAGUUAUUCAGUAUAAUUGGGUAUUCAGCAGCACGACAGGUUGGUAACACCAUCCAAAAGCAAUCUUAGAGGCAUUUAUUGUCUUCAUCUUCAUCAGUUGGUAUAUCUCCUAUGCAGGUUAUGUGUAAUUCUUUCAAUGUUUUUUGUAAAUUGUUACCUUGUUAAUGUAAACAGUGUCGUCAGGGAUUCUGUACAAUGUGGAACGAAAUGUUCCAAGUUGACGUUCCAAUCAAAUGACAUUUUUCGUUUUCAUUGGCAACAUACGCCAAGUUUACAUUUAUGUAGUUUGGUAGUCAUCCUUCCAAAAGGUUUUUAUUUGUCGAAAUGUCUUAUCGAAGGAAAUCAGCAAAGCACUCCUACAUGAAGGUAUAUAUUCCCCAGAAAAUAAAUAUGUAAGAGAUUUAGAAUCCCAAGAGUGCAGGAAGAGAAUCUGUCAAAGGUGUUGAUCCAAAAAUGGAGAAACGUUUAAUGAGUUUUCGUGCUCUUGACAAGAUCUCUCAGAUGCAUUGGUCACCCCAUGAAAUUGUUCAACGAGUUUUAUUACUGUUGGCACUGGACUCUUCUUUAUAUAAAUAGUCGCUUCGGUUAUAAAAUUUCUUGACUUCUUCCUACUUGUCCUGGGGUUUUUAGAAUCUGUUGCUUAAGAAUGUAGAAAGAUCCAUAUUAGACUAUCUUUUCAAAUGGGUUUCUCUAAUAUUAAAAAUCUUAUGUUUGCUGUUUGUCAGAAUGAUAGUCAUUCACGACAUGUUACAGAAGAAUUAAUUUCUGCUCUUGUUCCAUGCUGGCUGUCGACUUCCAACAACAUAAAGAAUUUGCUUCAGGUAUGGAAUUUACCACUAUUAAGUAUUAGUAAAUCCAACACUUAAAAUAGGGGUAUGUGCUAGCAACAACAUAAUGGAAGCAGUCAUUUAAUAUAGAUUGAUCCUAUAUAUGAUUCAAAUCCAAUUAUUUAUUGUAGUAAAUAUAUGAUUAAGGAUCCCUCAUCUUUUUAUGCAACAUUUAUAACAUAAAUGUCUGUUUGCAUUGAGCCGGUAAAUGGGAGUUUGGCUGCCUUAUAAAACAGAAAGAAAAUUGAGAUCUAUUCAUUCCGUUUCAUUAAAGCUAAAGUCAGUGAGUAUAUGUAUAGUCUUAUGUAUGGAGAGACUAAACGAACGAAUAGAGGUUCUUAGGGAUAAUUCUAUCACUGGUAUUAAUCUAAGUUAAAAAUACUAAAGCUAACUAGGCUGGAGUAAAAUUCAAGUCAGAUACGAAUAUCAAACAUAUUACCCUGUCAUCAUAGUGUUGUGAUCUUACGAAACUUCAAUUUUAUUUUAGGUAUUUGUUAAUGUUCUGCCUGAAAUCAUAGAGGACCGAAGAUUGGCAUUGACGGUGCAUCUUUUGAGGUACAUCCAAAUGACUCUAAUUUUUCGUCCGAGCUCAUGAAUAUGCUCGUAACACAACUAUUUCAUGACAGGACACUGGGUGAAAAGUCUAGCUUGGGUGUCAUUGUUGCUCUUCUUUUCCAUUUGCUUGCUGCAAGGAAAAGUAAAUCUUUUCCACAUGGCAUAGAUGUGUUAUCACCUGCCUCCUCCAUACAGAAAGAGUGGGAGUACAGUUUUGCGGUGAAAAUUUUUGAUCAGUACUCAUGCCGAAUAUGGCUUCCAUCUCUGGUUGUACUUCUCCAAGAAAUGGGUACUGAGAGUGAACAUGAAUCAUUUUCGGAAUUGCACCUUGCAUUUCACUUUAUUCUACAAAAGCUGCAAGACACUGGAUUCAUUUUUACAGUUGAAUCCGAAGGAGAAUCUGAUUAUGUUCAGGUACAUUCUUCUCAUCUAUUGCAUAUUGCUCGAUAUUCAAAUUCACCACAGUUUCUAGUCAAAAUUGGCUACCUAGAGAUGGAUUCAAUGCUUGGAACAUUGAAGGAAGAAAGUUUUUUUGAAAUGUAGACUUGUGGACACAGAAAUUAUGCUUAUCUUUUCGAUGUUUAUGAAUAUAUUGGAACAUAAGAGUACGACAUUAACAUGCUGACAUUGUUAGACGUACAUAAAUAAGAUCAUUUGUUUCCCAUUUCAGCUAUCAGGACGACAUAAUAGGGAGGAAACAUUGAGCGUAGUGUUAAAUGCAGAUAGUAUUAUGCGUGUUCAUAAAUCAUAAGAAUCAAAUUGUAACAUUUGAAUUGAAGUACUGAGAUCUAAAUUAAGGGCAUGGAUCGUUUUACUGUGCUAUUUUAGAAUGGUAUGUGUUUGAACACCGCGGUCUAAUGAAAAAGUAUUGGGAUGUAAGAUUUCUUGGAUUUCUCUGCAUUCGAAGCUUGUUUCCGUGAAUGGUAUCUGGAUGUCACUAUAUCUCGAUGUAUUUAUUUUUACUGCUAAUAUGGGUGCUUGCGUGGUGUAUCUGGAACUCGUAUUUUGAUACUCAUACUAAGAGUCCAGUAUCUUGAUGAAAAGUUCCAUAGUUUCUAUUUGUUGAGUUGUUAAUCUUGAGUUUCUUCUAAAUGAGUUUUAUGAUGUUCUUUCAAGUUAUUCUUUGAGUUAAUAAAAUCAUGGUUCAUUCACGUUUCCUACACUUCACCUCAGGAAUUUUUUUCUACCGUGAAUUUGAGAAGAGUUUUUGAUUUUUGUGCCAGAGUACACUUCGGGUGCUUAUGGAGCAGGUUAUCCUGCACCUGAAAGUUAUUGAUAGCAAAGGCAGGAAGUUAGGCAUUCAUAAAAAUGUGAGAAAGCAGCUGAAGGAAUCAAUCCGUAGUAUCGUAAAGUGCAUAAGUGAAAUUAUUGCACCUUCUCAGUUCUUCAGUGCGAUUGGACAAUUAGUGGGUGAUGACAAUUCAAGUGUGAAAAAGAAGGUAUUUGAUACAUUUAAUUUACAAGUGAUUCGUAGUAUAUUGUUGUGAUUUACGAUAGUUGAAGACUCCUAUGCUCAUGUAUCAUUUGACUGACGUGAUAUUUGCAACAGGCUCUCAGGUUACUAUGUCAAACUAUCAAGAAUCGCAGCUUGGUAUCAGAGAAACACAGAGUUCCAAAAGAAGCAAAAAAAAGUUUCAUCAAACCCUAUAUUUUUAUCGAUGAAAGUAGUACAGAGUCCUUCUGUGAACUUUGUUCAAAGAUAGUACAACUGGUGGAUGAACCUAAUGAUAAUUCCCCUGGUCCUGUAAGGCUAGCUGCUGUUUCGUCUCUGGAAGUGUUGGCUAAAGCAUUUCCAACUAGUGAUUACAUUUCAACGUCAUGCCUUGUUGUAGUUGCAAAGCACAUCACUUCAGAUAACUUGACUCUCUCUUCUACCUGUCUUCAAAGCACCGGUGCACUCAUCAGUGUUCUUGGUUCAAAAAUGUUAUCAGUUCUUCCCUUUUGUAUGAAGCAUGUAUUUGAAAGAGCCCGUGAUGCGGUUUCUAGUGAGCGAACAUCUAUAUUUUUGCCUAUUCUUGGAGUUCUGGAAGUUGUUGUUGAAAAUCUUGGUGGCUUUCUAAAUCCAUAUCUUGAAGGCAUCUUAGAACUAAUGGUGCUUCACCCAGAAUAUGCUUCAGAGUCAGAUCAUAAAGUGAAAGCAAAAGCUGCCCUGCUAAGGAAACUUAUUGCAGAGAAGAUUCCGGUAUGAUUCCAAAUUGAUUUAUGAUGGUUUUUUCUCUUCCUUUUGCUGGUACUCUUGUUCUCAUGUUUCCUCUUAUUUUUGCAGGCACGCCUUUUACUGACACCUUUGAUGAAAGUAUAUAAGGAAACUCUUAAUUGCGGAGAAAUAAGCAUCGCUUUGGCCUUUGAAAUUCUAGCAAACAUGGUUGCAUCAAUGGACAAAUCUUCAGUAGGAUCUUAUCAUGCAAAGAUAUUUGAACAGUGCUUUCUUGCACUUGAUCUUCGUCGGCAACAUCCAGACACAAUAAAGAAUGUGGAUUUAGUUGAAGACAAUGUUAUCCAUGCCAUAACUGCUUUGACAGUGAAACUUACUGAAUCCAUGUUUAGGCCUCUUUUCAUUCAUAGCAUUGACUGGGCUGAGUCUGACAUUGAAGCUAGUGACUCAACUAAUGGGGUUCUAUGCCGAAAAAUUUCGUUCUACAAAUUGGUCAAUAAACUUACAGAGCAGCAUCGGUGCGUCAAUUAGCUUUUCUUUAUUUCUUGUCAUUCUGUUUCUUGUUUGUAUAUAUAUAUAAUUAUAUGUCCAGAUCAUAAGCGAUGAUUAAAUCGUAUAAAUUGCCCGCUUUUCACUAAUGUAGAAGCCUUUCUUCCAUGUAUAUGGAUAUAGACUCUGCUGGAUACCAAAUUUAAAAGUGCCAAUCUUAUCAUUGGUUGUCUCUCUGGCUCAUUCCAGGAUCGUUUCUCUGCAUCUUGGUUUAAUGCUUAAUUUUUUUGCAGAAAUUUCUUUGACAGCUUCAGAUGUUGUGCCUGUUCUGGAACUCAUCAUUUAUUUGCAUCUUUCUAGUACAUUUUUUCUCGUCUUCAGUCCUUAGUUUAGAUUAGCUGAUGCUAUUAUAUCCAUCCAUCGUUUAGUUCAAUGUCUCAUUAGCUGUGUUGAUAACAAUGGCUUGAAGAAAAGUUGAAGAACGAAAUCAUUUUACUCUAGACACGUGGAACCGAAAUCACUCUGCAAUUUUUGUUGUGCUGCCCUCACGUAGCAUUAAACUCAUUAUUUGUCUUUAAUUGUUCCGCUGGAAAAUUUCUUCUGUUAAUUUGGGCGUUUAAAUGUAUUUCAAUUACCUUCAGUAACUACUUUCAUAAAUGUAUUUUUUGACAGAAUUUUGACUGCCUUAACCUGUUUAUAUGGGAUAUUGGUUUAUGCAUGCAGAUCCUUGUUUGUUCCCUUUUUCAAGUACUUGAUUGAUGGAUGCGUUCGUUAUCUUACUGAUGGUCAAGCUGUACAAGAAGCUUCAUUUACGAAAAAGCGGAAGAAGGCAAAGGUCUGGGAAGUGUGCGGUGACAUGAGAAGAACGAUCUCUCCUGAGCUGUGGCAUCUGAGAUCUCUGAUUCUUUCGUCAUUGUAUAAAUGCUUCUUGUAUGACACAGGGAACUUGAAGUUCCUUGAGUCAUCAAAUUUCCAGGUAGCGUUCUAUAUUCCUUGUAAUCUGGAAUGCCCAACCUGCCACUAUCUGCUAUCUAUGCAAAUGGGUCAACGAAAUUUUUAUAUCCAUGAUAUUAGAAGUAGCAUAGAAAAUGAUUACCGGAUUUUCAAUUUUGAUUGUCAAUCCUUGCAGGCUCUUUUGAAGCCCAUUGUUUCACAGCUUCUUGUGGACCCACCAGUCUCUUCGGAGCAGUAUCAGAAUUUGCCUGCUGUUGAUGAAGUGGAUGAAUCAUUGGUUUGCUGCCUGGGCCAAAUGGCUGUGACAGUUGGUUCAGAUGACAUAUGGAAGCAAUUGAACCAUGAGGUGUGUAUCCUUUGCGUAUAGUAUUCUCAAGUUUGUGCAUCCGAGUUAAAAAUGAACGAUUAAUCUUAGGUGUCCGUAUUCAAUAUUUUAUAAAAAUGGACGGUUAUUUAAUGAAACUAUUUGCUUCUGCUCAAACUGUGAAAGAUCUUCUCAAACCAUUCCUCCUACUGAGAACUGUAGGCCAUUGAAUAUGUUUUCUUUCCCCUCUGCAAGGCCCUUUCGACGUUAUUAUGUGGAUUAUAGUUCGGGGUGCUCUAACCAAUGCUAAGGAUAUCUCUUUACUAUGUUAUUUUAGGUGUUAAUGCAGACAAGAUGUGAGAAAGUUAGAGCACGGAUUUUGGGCCUGAGAGUUAUCAAGUACCUUGUGGAACAUCUGAAGGAGGAGUAUCUCGUCUGCUUGCCAGAGACCAUUCCCUUCCUCAGCGAGCUGCUUGAGGAUGUGGAGUUCCCAAUCAAGUCACUAGCUCAGGGAAUUCUCAGGGAGUUGGAAUCUCUCAGUGGGGAAAGCCUUCAGCAGUACCUCUAA